AGUGAACGCAAACAUGCAUAGAAGAAACGAGUUGCGAAUAUGUUAGGGAACGACUUUGGCAAUCUGACAUUUUCGAAGUUUUGAUACGUGUUGUUUGAAACCCUAUACUUUGAGGAAUGAUUGUGUUGGAAGGUGGUCAUACUGACCACAAGGCAAUAUCAAAUACUAUACCAAUCAGCCACUUAUCAAAUAGGGAGUCAGAGAUUAACAUUCAUGAUCCAAAUGACCAAAAUCUCAUACAGGGCUUCAAUGGAGACAUGAGUCUUCAAGAUAUGUAUAAUAAAGAAGGUGAUUUUGAUGAUAAAGAUGACAGUGAUUGGGAGCCUUUAGAGAAACAUUUAACAAUUGUUAAAUGGUUUUGUGUUAAUUGCACUAUGGUUAAUGUAGAUGGAGCUUUCUAUUGCCAUAUGUGUGGAGAGCAUAAAGAUUCUGGAAUCCUUAGGCAUGGCUUUCUUGCAUCAUCUUCAGAAGAGGCAGAUUCUAUUCAGAAUGCAUCAUUGAAGCAAAAUGGGAAAUCAGAAGCUUCUUGCUCAAAAACUUUGGCCCCACAUAAAUCGACAGCAGUGGGGUUUGAUGACAGGAUGUUGCUUCAUUCUGAAGUUGAAAGGAAGUCUCUUCCUCAUCCAGAAAGACCAGAUCGUCUUCGAGCAAUUGCUGCCAGCCUGGCAACUGCAGGUAUAUUUCCUGGAAGAUGCCAACCGAUUUUAGCAAGAGAAAUUACACAUGAAGAACUUCAGAUGAUCCACUCUCAUGAGAAUAUUGAAUCUGUUGAACUCACAAGCCAAGAUGUUGCUAGGUACAUUAAAUAUCAAUUACUUAUAUAACCUCUUAACAUUUUA